GGACCCACCGGCAUCUCGGAAUCACAACAUGGGUCUCAACCGUCAGACGGACCUAAAUCUCUGUAAACAAGGAAGCAGAUAAGGUGUUUUGAACGAUGGCCUAUUUUCGGUGGGAAAAUACGCUGUGUGUUUUACCCUGCUGCUAAAAAGACUGAAAUUCAGGGGAUGCGAAAAAAAUCAACACCGGUUGAAAUGCUCUUUACAUUUAGGAGGCGCAUUGUGUGUAGAUGUGCCACCAAAUACGAAAACACUCAUUGACUCAAAACCCACCGCAAAUGAAAGGAUCCGAUGUACAAAACAGAUAAUUAUGUAGAUGUAGACAACAAGCAAUAGAUUCAACAGUAAAUAUGGCAGACGUUGGAAUGUCAAGAUGUGUCGAUCUUCCUGAGAGACCCACAUCAAUAGAAGAUUUUGUGUUUAUGAAGCCUAUCAGCAGAGGGGCCUUUGGGAAAGUAUUUCUGGGUCAUAAGAAAAACCAAGAAAACAAGAAGUAUGCUAUUAAAGUGAUGAAGAAGUCGGACAUGGUCAACAAAAAUAUGGUGAACCAAGUGUUGGCAGAACGAGAUGCCCUGGCAUUGUCCAACAGCCCCUUCAUUGUGCACUUAUACUACUCCCUGCAGUCCCAGAACAACAUCUUUCUGAUAAUGGAGUAUUUGAUUGGUGGUGAUGUAAAAAGUCUGUUGGCCAUAUAUGGUUAUUUUGAUGAAGACAUGUCGCGCAUCUACUCUGCUGAGGUCACCCUAGCUCUCCAGUACUUACAUUCCCACGGCAUCAUUCAUAGGGACCUUAAACCAGACAACAUGCUGAUAACCAAUGAAGGCCAUCUCAAACUGACAGACUUUGGGCUCUCCAAGAUCAACUUGAAUGUGGGUCAAGGGUCAGGAGAAGUACACAGGACCCCCCUCCCCUACAGUAAGAUGUCUGUCAACACCAGGACCCCGGGCCAAAUCCUGUCCCUGAAGAGCAACCUUGGAUUUAAUCUCCAGUCCAUAAGGAAGCACAAGCUAAGCUCCCUGCUGGAGGAGAGUGGAUCCCAGAAGUCAUUCGGCUCCAUUCGGUCCCUGAACUCGCCCCUGUGUCAGUCGUCAGCCAAACCUCUUUCCCUGAGGGACAGGGUGGUAAGCCAGAGUACGGUGGCCAGGCUCACCCCUCCAGUCAAAAGCCUUACCCCCACCCUCCAGGACUCACUCAACUGGAGUCAUUCCUAUGUCAGUGAGUCCAAUCAGAUUGAGUCCACUCGGCUGUCUGUUGAGUCUAGUCAUGUUCAGAUUGAGUCCACUCAACUGUCAAGCCUCCAAAGUCAAAGCCAAUCAUUGCCAAUGCUUAAACUGUCAGCUAUUGAAGAAAAUAAAGGACUGUCAACUAUCUCCUUUGAUGAAAGUGUAUUUAGCUCAAGUUCAAGUGUGGAGUUUUCUAUUUCCAUUUCAAAGAAAAGCUGUGAUUCCGUGUUUGACCAAUGUAAGUCAGGAGACCAUAGCUGUGAUAGUAACCAGUGUGAAACAGAACACCAUGGUUGUCAUGGGAACUGCUGUAACAGCCAUCUAAAGGCACCAUCACGGCAAGAGAGCAUUUUGGAUGAUACACCUCAAAUGCAUCGGACAGACGAAUCUGUGUGGAAUUCUUACGCAGCACGUAAUCUUCGCUCAAUGCGUUAUGGGUCCUAUUCCGAGGACAGUGAUGACCAAGAAAACUUAGUCUAUAAAAAUAAACUGGAACUAGGAAGCUCCUCUAGUGCAAGAAAGCUGAGUAAAGAAAAGCAGCUUGUCAAUAAUGAGGGCUGUAAAAGCUUAACUAAGAAAGAAAAAGCUUUGGAAGUCCAAAGAAGUAGAGUGAAUGUAACAAGUAAUUCUUUCAGCUACCACUCUGAUGAAGAGGAGGCUGACCUUGACACGGUUACAAAGAACUGUGUCAGGAAGAGAAAGUUCUGUGGGAUAGAUAAGAGCCCUGCCCUUAAGCAGAUCUAUCCUUCUAACUCUGGACUGACUCAGGAGAUUCAGGUUCUUGGUUUGUUUGGAGAUGAGCAUCGACACAAACGAAAACAGAUAGGAGUCGCCAAAGACAGCAACAUGGAGGCAGAUGUUGAUAGUAACCAUGGAAACCAAAUGACUACUCAGAUUUCUGAGAGUCAAAGCAAUUUUUCAAUGAAAGAACCUGGCAUACUAAAGAACUCCAACAAAGAAAGACUUAAAGCUAAAGUCCUUACGUUUCAUUGUGAAGAGGAACAGGUGGCCUCCCCUGACAAUGGAGUUGUUUCCCCUUGUAAUCUGGUACCCUACCCCGGACAGGAUAAGGGAGAGGACCAGACAGAGGAGGAGUCCGUGUUGAUGAUGUCAGGGAUAGACAACAUCAGCAUUAGUGACAACAGUGACAGCUCUCCUGACAGCAGAGAGGUCAAAAUGGAGGUCCAAAAGGAGAAGAUUGUCACCAGAGAGGCACAUGUGCGGUUUUUGUCUCAUGGGUCAGGGGACUGCCAGUCCUCACCCCUGGCUUCUGUACCGGCCACACCAGAACCAAGCAAACUCAAGAGGGCAGGAUUUCAGACCCCCUGCACCCCUCUCUCUGCUCGAAAAAUUGGGACACCUUUUAUCCCCAAGACGCCUGCUGGACAGAUGAUGGGGACUCCGGUCAGUCACAGAACACCCGCCACCAGGAAAACUCCAUUUAAGACACCGCGGAGUGUGAGGCGGGGCCGGCCUCCGGUCGACGAGGAGGAGAGGAUUCUUGGAACUCCAGAUUAUCUGGCCCCUGAAAUAUUGCUCCGUAAAAGUCAUGAUGAAGGUGUAGACUGGUGGGCUCUCGGAGUUUGUCUUUUUGAGUUCCUGACAGGAGUUCCACCGUUUAAUGACCAAACCCCAGAACUUGUGUUCCAAAACAUUCUCAACAGAGAUAUCCCUUGGCCAGGGGAAGAAGAGGAGCCUCUGUCAGAUGCUGCCAAGUCAGCCAUUGAUGCACUACUGACCAUGGAGCCCCAACACAGACCCAAAGAACGAGAUGUGAGGAAGCUGAGCUUCUUUAGCGGUGUGGACUGGGACCACCUUCUUGAGGUGGAGCCUCCAUUUGUCCCACAACCAGACGAUGAUGCUGACACAACUUACUUUGAAGCCCGGAAUUCCCAACAGCAGCUGAUGGUGUCAGGAAUAGAUUUCUAGGAUCUCAAAGGGAAAUCUCCCCAUCCAAAAGAAAAAAGAUAUUAGAUUUUAUUAGAUAUUAGAUUGUAAAUAAAAGCAUAUGUAUACGUUAGAAGAUUAAAAGUCAUUGUGUCAUGUAUGGAUUACAUGUUUGCUUUCAUUGUUAGAUAUGAUAUUCAACUUGUCUUAAUCUGGAAGCUUUUAUUACAAUUUGUAUAUUAUGUAUUUUUUGGAAAAGUUUUAAAAAUGGUCACAAAAUUAUAUAUCUACUAUAAAAAAAGUUGAUGUACCAUUGUGAUUUUGUGAUGGAAUACACAUUUUUAUCUUGCAUUGUAGUAUUACACUGAAAAGCUUCAUGGAAUUUAAUACCUGUGCCAAUUAAGAAUGUCCCUUCUUAUUUUUUUUGUGUUUGAAUUUCAACUUCUUUCUUUGUGUUCCCGUGUACAGUGUAUACAGCCAACAUCAGUAAUGUUUAUAAUCAGCAAAUUGUACCAUUCUUACAUUAAUUAAUACUUAGUCUAUCAAUUUUAUUUGAGUAUAUAUGAAUACAUUGAAUACCAGACUUACGUAUGGCAGACAGCAUACUGGUAUAGAGAGGGUAAGGGUUCCAUAGGGGCAUCAUUUAUUUAGUACAUUCAAAAAAGCUAUUUCGUUUUUGUAGGAUUUAAUAUGGUGUUUUGUGACCGGGUUCUGCUAGACGUGAUAAUCAGGAUAUAUGGCUAGUCUGUUGCUGUAGAGGACUGAUUCAGUUUCUCGUUAUUACACAAUGUAAUUAUGGCUAGUCUGUUGCUGUGGAGGACUAAUGCAGUUUCUCGUUACUACACAAUGUAAUUAUGGGUAGUCUGUUGCUGUGGAGGACUGAUGCAGUUUCUCCUUAUUACACAAUGUAAUAAUGGCUAGUCUGUUGCUGUAAAGGACUGUUCCAGUUUUUCGUUAUUACACAAUGUAAUUAUGGCUAGUCUGUUGCUGUAGAGGACUGAUUCAGUUUCUCGUUAUUACACAAUGUAAUUAUGGCUAGUCUGUUGCUGUGGAGGACUAAUGCAGUUUCUCGUUACUACACAAUGUAAUUAUGGGUAGUCUGUUGCUGUGGAGGACUGAUGCAGUUUCUCCUUAUUACACAAUGUAAUAAUGGCUAGUCUGUUGCUGUAAAGGACUGUUCCAGUUUUUCGUUAUUACACAAUGUAAUUAUGGCUAGUCUGUUGCUGUAGAGGACUGAUUCAGUGUCUCGUUAUUACACAAUGUAAUUAUGGCUAGUCUGUUGCUGUAGAGGACUGAUUCAGUGUCUCGUUAUUACACAAUGUAAUUAUGGGUAGUCUAGCUGUAGAGGACUGAUUCAGUAUCUCGUUAUUACACAAUGUAAUUAAGGCUAGUCUGUUGUUGUAGAGGACUGAUUCAGUCUCGUUAUAAUUACACAAUGUAAUGCUCUUUAGAGUUUAUUCAUGUAGUACAGUUGAUUAAUAUAUGAUAUUAUAGCAUAAGUGCAUGUAUUUAUCUACAUGACAAAUUGUACACUAUCUUCAUAUACUAGUAUUUAUUCAUAUGUACAUGUAUUUAUUUAUUUGGAGAUAUUAUUAAUACUGGUUAACAUGACAGUAUGCAGUCUGUUCAGUUCAUGAAAUACCGUAGCAAUGAUUAAAAUCUGAGUCUAUCAAACUCUACAGGCUUAUUUUCUAUCAGCCUAUAGAUCGAUGUGCAUACAUGUAGCAUGUAUCUUGGUGAGUAAUAAAAACAGCUAGA